GGCCGGGCGGCGCUUGCGCAGUGCGAGGCCCGGCCCUGGAGGACAGCUCGAGCGCAGCUAGUGCCAGCCAGCCGGGGCAGAGCGCGAGCGCAUCUGGGCUGCGGAGCCCCUCGCACCCAGCCCGGAGCGGGGUCCGCAUCGUGCGAGCUCCGAGCCCGGCUCCUGCGCCGCGGGGUGACCGCUGCGCUCCGUUCGCCCUGCGGAGACCACGGGGACUGAGCGCUUGCCAGCAGGGCCUCCCAGAGCACCCCCUUGCCCCCACAGCCGGGGCCCCUCCCCAUUUGCACCCCCUUGCCCCCACAGCCGGGGCCCCUCCCCAUUUGCACCCCCUUGCCCCCACAGCCGGGGCCCCUCCCCAUUUGCACCCUCUUGCCCCACAGCCGGAGUACUCUCGAUACCUUCUCGCUGGGGGGGACCCUCCCAGUUGCACCUCCUUCCCCUAUCAGUGGUGCCCCCUGCUGCAUUGCACCCCCCCCCACACACACACCCCAAGCGGUAAGUGCUCCCUUUUCGUUCCCCAGCACCCCACACCCCUUCCUGAGUAGUGAAGGUAAGAGGCAGAAGACCCCCCACGGGGUGCACUGAAUCCCUCGGUCUCCAGCUGCCAAGGGCCCUUCCUUGUAAUUCAUCUCCGAGCAGCGGCUGCAGACUCCAUGGGCGACCUUUAUGCUGCAGCCCUUUCCAAAACAGCAGCAGUUCCUUAGGCUGUUACAUCGCCCUUUUAAGCAGCUUUCUAGGCCCUCUCUUGGUUGCAUUGGACCACCCUUCUCUAACUCCCCUUCCUAAGCAACAGGAGCCCUCUAGCACUCUGAGGUUACUCUAUCCCCGUCCUCCAGAAAUAUAGAUCCUUCUAGUGCUUUUGAGCUGUAUUGAACUCUCUUCCAUCCUGAAGUCACUCAGCUUGCUAGGAUUGAACCUCACCAAGAUCCUUUAGCAUUACAGUCUUCAUCCCUAAAAUUGGAUUAUAUCCACUUUCCUUAUCUGGGUUUCUGUACUGCAUCCAUUGCCAUCGUAUUUGAGCCCCUUGAAGAAAACAAAAUUCUCAAACGUUGCCACUCUUCCAGUGCUCCCUGGAGUAGUACACGCCAUUCCCCACAGCAACCCCAUUAGCCCCCUCUGGGAUUGUGCCUUCCUCCCCAGCAGCGAGAUGAGCUUCUUUGGGUUUGGGCAGAGUGCAGAGUUGGAGCUGGUGCUGAGCGAUGCGGAGAGUAGGCGUAGGGCUGAGCACAAGACUGAAGAGGGCAAGAAGGAGAAAUAUUUCCUUUUCUACGAUGGGGAGACAGUAUCAGGUCGGGUCACCCUCACCCUCAAGCACCCAAACAAGCGGCUGGAGCACCAAGGCAUCAAGGUGGAGUUCAUUGGACAAAUUGAGCUCUACUAUGACCGGGGAAACCACCAUGAAUUUGUCUCUCUAGUGAAGGACCUGGCCCGUCCUGGUGAGUUCACCCAGUCACAGACAUUCGACUUUGAAUUCACGCAUGUGGAAAAACCGUACGAGUCCUACACGGGGCAGAAUGUGAAGUUACGGUAUUUCCUCCGAGCGACCGUCAGCCGCAGAUUAAAUGAUGUGGUGAAGGAGAUGGACAUUGUCGUGCACACACUCAGCACCUACCCGGAGCUCAAUUCCUCUAUCAAGAUGGAGGUGGGAAUCGAGGAUUGCCUGCACAUCGAGUUUGAGUAUAACAAAUCCAAGUACCACUUAAAAGAUGUGAUUGUUGGAAAAAUCUACUUCCUGUUGGUGCGGAUCAAGAUCAAACACAUGGAGAUAGAUAUCAUCAAGAGAGAGACAACAGGGACCGGCCCCAAUGUUUACCACGAGAAUGACACAAUAGCUAAAUAUGAGAUCAUGGAUGGGGCACCUGUUAGAGGGGAGUCCAUUCCAAUCCGACUCUUCCUGGCGGGCUAUGAGCUGACGCCCACUAUGAGGGACAUCAAUAAGAAGUUCUCGGUGCGUUAUUACCUCAACCUGGUGCUGAUCGAUGAAGAAGAAAGGCGCUAUUUCAAACAGCAGGAAGUGGUGCUAUGGCGGAAAGGAGACAUUGUGAGGAAGAGCAUGUCCCACCAGGCAGCCAUUGCCUCUCAGCGGUUUGAGGGGACAUCCUCCCAUGCUGAGGCCACGACCCCCACCCAGCCUGCAGAAAACAACAGCCGGCAGUGAAGGGCCCUGUGGAGCGAGGCUGCUGCAGAACCCACGUUUUCCAGGGCCGGCAGCAGCAACGAGGGGAAAAGAAAACAUUUCACCAGAGACUUAUGAAAAUCAGUAUCAGUUUUUUGACUUAAUUCUGAUCUUCGAAGGACCAGUCGGGUGGGGUGGGGGCAAUGUAAGCUACAGCAACCACGGCACAAAGUUGAACGUACCUCAGUGCUCCCCAACCUCCUACGUUCCUCUGGGGUCGGCUGCUUUUACACAUGCAGGGGCCAUUAGGCUGCCUGGCUUUCCCGUUGCCAUGAGACCCCUUCAGCAUGGCAGUGGGGAGGCGGGAGGGGAAAUUUUGAUGCUCCUCCUCGGCGGUAGGUAUGUCCCUUUGGGCAUGUAGGAAGGCAUUUUGCUGCCAUCAAGAAGCCCUUGUGAGGUGAGUGGGAGGAGGGAGCCCGAUGAAGCAUUUCAGCUGGAAGGCGGGAGUGUGCAUGUGCGGAGUUUAGGCUUGAAGUGUAGCCUGCCUGAUGGGUUCUCCUUCCCCCCCCCCCAUGCUGUUCCUGGAGUCUCUGCUGCAAAUCGUUAUAUAACUAGUUGAAUCAGCCCUGUGAAUAGCAGAGCCAGGUUGUGCAGCGUAGCAGAUGAUGCUGCCUUCGUGUCCUUGCCUUGGGAGCUCAUGGAUGCAGCUGUCUGUGGAAUUGACAGGCAUAUGGAUACUGUAUAGGGCAGAUGAGGUAUGGGUGAGCUAGCGGAGCUGCUAGGCAGAGAGUCUGGGAGGAAACCGUCCAGUGAAAGAGAGCACACAGAGCCUUGAUAGUCUCGCCUCCGGGAGGUCAGGCUGUAGUUUGUAAUCCAUGCUGUAUGACAUAGCCACGCUGGGCCCUGGGAAGCUUGUGUAUGCUGGAGAUAAAAGAGAGUGUAAUAGCACAGCAGUUGUACAGACUCCACAUGCUGUGGUGGGAAGCAGUUGCAGUCAGGUCUUUCUAGGAGUUGUACAAGGAAAAGCCUUGCGGUGGCCUGUGCAGCCUCUGAAGUGCUGCUGUAAGUGAUGGACUGUUUCCCUUCUGGCUUUCUCCUUGUUUCCAAUUUAUCUGAAUGAAACUCUGCUUCAUCUGGCCCUAGGAUUCACCCCAGUGGUGCUGUGGUUAAACUUCAUGGGGACUUCCCUGAUUGGCUGAAAAUUAUCUGAAAGAGCAGCAGGGUGGGACAGGAGGGGACAUGGGGGUGUUCUUUAAAUGAACCUGUAUGUAAAAGGCUUGAAGGUUACCCCCUGGGCACCUGGGAUAAGCUAUUAAUAGUCCUGGCAAAUGGGACACCUUUGUUUAAGGAGCUACUGGCCUGUAUGUGCUGCUAAGUGAAGUGAAGCAAAAUGGCAGGGUGGCUGGCAAAACUUUCUGCUUCCAUACAGUCAGCUCUUGGUCAGUUGGGCCUGAUGAGAACAGUAGUGGUGGUGUCUUUGGGCAUGAAGCUAUCAGGACCUGAGCGUGGGAUGUCUUUCACUCAAAAUAAACUCCAUUUAAUCUUUUGAGUUAAGUGGGAUCAUGAGAAUGUACCCGGAAGGGAUUCAGUCUUCCUUUAAAGUUCAGAGAUGGUCUUUUAGACUUAACUGAUUGAUGGGAUUUGGAUGUUCUUCAUCCUUUUUAGAUCCCUUUCUAGGAAGCAGGUAAUAAAACCUCCAACCAGCAUAUGGAGACAGAAACCUGAACUAAACCAAGACAUCACUCCCUCUAACGGGAGUGGUACUGAUGGGUUUCCUGAUGUUCCGCCAGGCUUGCUUCUGAUUCUGGAAUUUCCUCUGGUUGGAUGUAGGGCUGUUCUCUGGCUGCUGGGAAGUUAAAGCAUCUUCUGCAACGUUUGUCUCUGUGAGAGACAGUGCCCUGGUGCCUGUAGUGACGGUGGGGUCUGGGUGGGAGGAGGGUGGUGUUUGCGUCGUAAGAAAGCUGCUGUAGUUCAGUGAUAAAUGUGUUUUCUGCUUGCCAAACGAAGUUUUAUUUUCACUCAGUCACAUGUAGGCUAUGGUUCUUAACCUAGAUGGAGAGUCCUGCUUCAUCCCAGGGGAUGUUAAUUGCCUCUUCUCUGCUGUGAACACUAGUGUCACACCAUGUUCUGCACGGUAGUAGUGAGGAUGUGUGGCUUACCCUGCCUCCGUAUGUGAGAGAUCCCUGCUGUGGACUGGAACAGCAGUUUCCUCCCUCAGACCAAAGCACACUCAUAUUAAAGGCAGCUGCUUUGUUACAUCAUGUGUAGGGGUAGUGGUGUGCUUUGGGCCUCAUGUAGCCAAUGAACGUGGACGCUACUUCUGCUCUGCUUCUGCCCCAUUGAGAGGGAUUCAGGUGUGCCAUGGCAAUGCACAAUCAUUUGAAAACAGGUGAGGCUCCCUUUAGGAGACAGUCCAGGUAACAGAUGGUAUCUGCGGGGCUGAGCCUAGCCCAGCUGCACCCUGACCCACUCUCUCCUUUGCCUCAUCUCAAAACAGCCAUCCUGAAAUCCCUUUGUGCUUGAAUACUUCUCUUGGUUGUAGUAUGUUGGUGUUAAGAAGCCCAGGGGGUGAACACAUCUCUGCAUUGGGUGAGUGGUGAAACAGGAUCAGUGAUGGACCUGGGGAGAUUGCCUAAAGAUGGAAAUCCCCCUCUCCCCAAGAUUCUCAGACAGCAUUUGCUUGUCACUCUGAGAGGGAUUAGUCAGAAAUGGUGCAUGAGCCAAAAUGUUUCCUUUUGUUAACUUUUCUGCACCUCUGUGUCCCCCAUCAUAGGACUAGGCUUGAGAGUCACCCCUCCCCACCUUUUUACCUUCUCUGAGUAGAUGAUUCAGCCUGCUUUCUAUUAUGCCCUGUGUUUGGGGGUGAUGAUACCUGCCCCAUCUAUACUGAUUGGCUCUUGAGAGGAGAGACAUGAACCUUCAAUGCCAAGCCCUGACAGAAAAGAAAAAGCCAACUGUUUACUAAGAGGAGCGGGGAGCUAUUGUGGCUUUUGCAGUGCACCCCCUGCUGGGUUGUUUUAUCUUGUGCUGUGGGUGUCCCCUCCCCUCCAAGCAGCUUCUCACCGGGUGGAGGGGUGCAUCGGCACUGAACCAAGCAGUGCGACUUGUAAUUUAGCCCCUGCAGUGUUUACAUGUUUCUUAAUUCGUCUUUUCAGUGGCUGUAUUUUAAAAUCUGUUUGUUUGCCUCUUGGAUUAAAAGGGGCCAUUCUAGGCUUUCAGAUGCCA